CAACUUCACGCGCUAACUCCCAAGUUAGCUGUAUUGGCUCAAAAAUUCCUUUGAUAUCAAACUUUUAAGGGUGUAAUGGAAGUUGAUUACGAAGAGUUCAAGGAAAACCGCAUACUGAAUGGUCGGGAUAAUAUACCCGUUAAGGCUCUUGAUGAAAUAUAUCAGAAGAAAACACAGCGAGAACAUGUUCUUUUAAGACCCGAUUCCUACAUAGGCUCUACUGAAAAAAUAACUGAGAAUCAGUGGGUGGUUGAGAAACAUGAAAUGGUGUACAAGUCCAUCACUUAUGUCCCGGGACUUUAUAAGAUCUUUGAUGAAAUUUUGGUUAACGCUGCUGACAAUAAGCAACGCGAUCCGUCCAUGAAUAAGUUAGUUAUAUGUAUUGAUCGGACGAGUAACAGAAUUGAAAUUUGGAACAAUGGAAAAGGUCUUCCAAUUCGCAUUCUUCAAAAAGAAAAAAUGUAUGUGCCUGAAUUAGUGUUUGGUCAUCUCCUCACUUCUUCCAACUACAACGACGAGGAGAAAAAGGUAACUGGCGGAAGAAACGGUUUUGGUGCGAAGCUAUGCAACAUCUUCAGCACUCUUUUUGUCGUAGAAACUGCCGAUAAGGAAACAGGUCUGCUCUUCCGACAGGAGUUCCGUAAUAAUAUGACGGAAAGGAGUACGCCCCGCGUGACUCGUAACCACGGAGUCAAAGAAUACACGUCUAUUUGCUUUACGCCGGACUUUGGCAGGUUCCGCAUGGAAGGCUUGGAUGAGGAUAUCAUUGCUCUCUUCACCAAAAGGGCAUACGACAUGGCUGGCGUUUUGGAAGACGUUCGGGUCGUCUUGAAUGGCGAGCGUAUUCCAAUUAGUGGUUUCCAAAGUUACAUUAAACUUUUCCUUACGAAGCAAGAUAAAAGCGUCCCUAUUCUGUACGAGCGGGUGAACAACCGCUGGGAGGUGGGCAUAACGCACAGCGACGGGCAGUUCCAGCAAAACAGCUUUGUUAAUGCCAUUGCAACAACAAAGGGAGGGACCCACGUGACACACGCCUGCGAGAAAAUAGUAUCGAAUAUUGUGGAAAUUGUUGCCAAAAAAAAUAAGGCGGCGCCAGUAAAACCAACGCAAAUUAAAAAUUACCUGUGGGUAUUUGUUAACUGCCGGAUUGAGAAUCCGUCGUUCAGUUCGCAGACCAAAGAGCACAUGACACUUGGCCCUGCCGCCUUUGGCUCCAAAUGUGACUUGAGUGAUAAGUUUAUUAAGGCUGUCAUUCACUCUGGGGUCAUCGAUAAGCUUCUAGAGUGGGCCAAGUUCAAGCAAGCAAGCGAACUGAGAAAACAGUGCAGCGGGAACAAGGGGGCCCGACUCACUGGUAUACCGAAACUGGAUGAUGCUAAUAAGGCUGGCACAAGACUUUCCCACCAGUGCACUCUUAUUCUGACGGAGGGAGACUCUGCAAAAACACUCGCCGUGAGUGGACUGAGCGUUGUAGGCCGCGACUUUUACGGUGUAUUUCCCUUAAAAGGCAAGUUGCUGAAUGUGCGGGAGGCGACCCAUAAGCAGAUUAUGGGAAACAGCGAGAUACAAAACAUCGUUAAGAUAGUGGGGUUGAAGUAUAACUACGUGUAUAGAGAUAUCAGCAGUCUUCGAUACGGCUCCCUCAUGAUCAUGACGGACCAAGACCAUGACGGUUCGCACAUCAAAGGGUUGAUUAUCAACUUUGUCCACUACUUUUGGCCUUCCCUUCUCAAGAUUCCUGGCUUUUUGGUUGAGUUCAUCACACCCAUCGUAAAAGUUAAAAAGGGCCACGUAUGCAUCCCCUUUUACACGAUUCCAGAGUAUCAAGAAUGGAAGAGCAGAACUAACACGGACGGUUGGGAUAUCAAGUACUACAAAGGUCUGGGCACAAGCACUCCCGCCGAGGCCAAGGAGUACUUCCAAAACCUGCGGAAGCAUAAAAUCUCGUUUAGCUGGUCCUCGCCAGGCGAUAAUGAUAAGAUUGAGUUGGCUUUCAGUAAGAAAAAGGCGGAUGACCGGAAGGAGUGGUUGGGCUCCUUCAUUCCUGGCACGUUUCUGGACCAGAAUGUGGACUUUAUUACGUAUACUGACUUCAUUGACAAGGAGCUCGUCCUCUUCUCUAUGGCGGAUAACAUGCGCUCUAUUCCUUCUGUAAUGGACGGCUUGAAACCGGGCCAGCGGAAGGUAUUAUUCGCGUGCUUCAAGCGUAACCUUAAAAAGGAAAUCAAAGUCAGUCAGCUGGCUGGUUACGUAGCUGAACACUCGGCUUACCACCACGGCGAGGCCAGUCUAUGCGCUACCAUUGUCAGCAUGGCUCAGAAUUUUGUGGGAAGCAAUAACCUUAACCUUCUCCUUCCUAUUGGUUCUUUUGGUAGUCGUCUUAUGGGCGGAAAGGAUGCGUCCAGCCCUCGGUACAUCCACACGGCGUUAAGCCCGCUGGCUCGCUUACUAUUUCCUGCGGCAGAUGAUAAUAUAUUGAAUUUACUAGACGACGAUGGCCAGAGCAUCGAGCCGGAGUGGUACUGCCCGAUUGUGCCCAUGCUUCUGGUGAAUGGCUGCGAGGGUAUCGGCACCGGCUGGAGAACAAGCAUCCCCAACUACAAUGUUUCCGACAUUAUCAGCAAUAUAUACAGGCUGCUUGACGGAAAAGCGCCGACGCCGAUGAAGCCGUACUACCACGGCUUCGAGGGUGUAGUGGAGGAGUGUGAGGAUAGUUAUAAAACUUUUGGAAGAGUGAAGAUCCUCGACAGUAACACGUUGCAGAUCAUCGAACUUCCCAUCCGGACGUGGACCUCCUCGUAUAAGGAGUUCUUGGAUGCUGUCUUGACCAGCGAUAGUCCUUUUGUCAAAGACUUCAAAGAGUAUCAUACAGACACAGAAGUUAACUUUCUAUUAACGGUGGACGCAAACAUCAUAGACGAAGCCCAUCAGGGCCUGAUCCACAAAAAAUUAAAGUUGGAGUCGCAGUUUUCAAAAAAUAACUUAGUAGCCUUUGAUCCUCAUGGAAAAAUCAAAAAAUACGAAAAUGCAAACGCCAUUCUCCAAGAAUUUUUUGAAGUUCGUUUAGAGUUUUAUAAAAAGCGGAAGGCUUACCUGGUCGAAGUGUACACGAGGGAGCAUGAAAGGCUUUCCAAUAAAGUCCGCUUUGUCAAGGCCAUUAUAAGCGGAGACAUCAUCCUCAACAAUAAACCUAAGAAACAUCUGUUAGAAGAACUAAACUUGAAAAACUAUAAAAAGUUCAACACAAAGGAGAGCGAAGAUAAUUCCGGUUAUAAUUAUCUUCUGUCCAUGCCUCUUUGGAACUUGACUGCAGAAAAAGUCCAGAAUUUAGAGGAUACGAUGCGUCAGAAAACGGAGGAGUUGAUGUUGCUGAUCGAAACUUCGGUAAACCAGCUCUGGAGAAACGACUUGGCAGAGUUUAAAGCAAUGUACGACGAACUCUACUCGGGCAGAGCAUCAGAGACUUCGUCUUCCAGUAAAGGAAAGCACCGCCUGGGCGGUAGGAAGUGCAAUGCAAAGUUUUCUGUGCCAAGAGAGCAGCCGGGAGUGGAGGUUCCCGUUCCCGGGAAUUUUACCGGGAAAGAUGGGCAGCAGCCUAAUCACCGUUCCAAGCCGCCAGCCUUCGAGGUUCUGCCGCAGACCCCGCUUCAGAAGAAUAACGAAAAAGGACUCAAAAAGGCUGACCUCCCCGUGGACCUAACCUCUGGGUUCUACGACUUUGAGGAUUCUCGUGGCGGUUCACUUCUCUCUUCCGAAGCCGCAAAACCUCUUAAUUUAAGAAAAACGGUCAAAUCUUCGAAUAUCCCUCGAAAGAGCCCCUUUUCUUCAGCAAUUUCCGAAAACUCUUUGAGUAGUAGUGAGAACGUGGAUGGUGGGAAUUUGAGCAGCGAGGACGAGUCGGAGGCAUAUAUACAAACUCUUGCAGAGAGACUAGCUUCCAAAGCCAAACUCUCAAGCUCGCUCGCCACUUUAAAGACAGUUUCUGCCACAGAUCCCAUCUUGUAACUCGCUUAUAAACUUUUUGUCUAA